AUGAAUAAUACCGAACAUUCACAACCGACAAAGAGAGCAUUAUCCCUAGAUGAUUUAGUCAAUCAUGACGAUACGGACAAGAUUAAACUACAAAAAACAGAAAAUCAACCUUCUCAACCAGACGCCCAACCAGAACAGAACGUUUCUCCUAGAUUGCCUCCUGUACCUGCUCCCCAAGAAACUAAUAAUGCCACUUCUAAUGCAAGAUUACCGCUUACAACUGCCCCAUCUCCUCCUCCUCCUGCUGUUGCAGUGGAAAAAUCAAACGUAUCGUCAGAUUCAUCAAUGGGACCCGAUGAUGAAACUGAUACGGAUGAUGAUAUUGCAGGAAACGGAGAAAUUAACUUUGAUUCUCCCAUGGCCUUUGACUAUGAUAAACAAGAUAGAAAUUCACCUGUGAAACCGGCACUACCUGCCAAAAGGAAAGAAAAACUCAAAAAACCCAAGAAGGAGGAACCAGAAGAAGAAGAAGAAGAAGUGAAGAAGGACACCACCCCUACCGCGGCAGUGAACCAUAUAUUCGAAGAAAAAGCUUCUUUAGAAUCCAAGAAAAAUUAUAUCAAGAAGGAUUUGGAAGUGCUGAAUGAAAUCGCAUCAAAUGCUAAACCAAAUAAAUAUAGAAAUGCCCCCAUUUGGGCACAAAAAUGGAAACCUACCAUCAAAGCUUUACAAAAUAUUGAUACAAAGGAUUUUAAAAUCGAUUCAUCAUUUUUAAAUAUCAUACCUGAUGAUGAUUUGACCAAAUCUGUACAAGAUUGGGUUUAUGCAACUGUUUUCUCCAUUGCGCCUGAUUUAAGACCAUUCAUAGAAUUGGAAAUGAAAUUUGGUGUCAUCAUUGACGCUAAGGGACCUGAUCGUGUAUCACCACCAAUAUCAUCACAAGCUGUAUUUACAGAAUUGGAUGCUCAUAUGACACCAAACGUAGAUGAAGUUCUCUUCAAGGAAUUAAACAAAUACGUUCGAGGAAUUAGUGAACAAACUGAAAAUUCAGGUAAAUUUAGUAUCAUUGAAUCUCAUAUGAGAGAUUCUGUUUACAGAGUAGGACUAUCCACACAAAGACCCAGAUUUUUAAGAAUGAGUACAGAUGUAAAGACAGGUCGUGUGGGACAAUUUAUAGAGAAGAGACAUGUAGCACAGUUAUUAUUAUUUUCACCGAAGGAUAGUUAUGAUGUCAAGAUAUCAAUUAAUUUGGAAUUACCAGUUCCUGAAAAUGACCCUCCAGAAAAAUACAAGUCACAAACUCCCGUAAGUGAAAGAACGAAGGAACGUGUAAGUUAUAUCCAUAAUGACUCAUGCACACGGAUUGAUAUAACUAAAGUACAUAACCAUAAUCAAGGCACAAAGGGGAUAGAUGUGGAAAUAACUCACGAAAUUGAAUUAGAAAUUAAUACACCAGCAUUACUUAGUGCAUUUGAUAACAUUACCCAAGAUAGUAAACAAUAUGCCUCCGUUAUUAGAACUUUUCUUAAUAAUGGUACCAUUAUUCGUAGGAAGCUAACAUCUUUUGUCAUAUGA